CGGCCGCUAAGCUUCAAAGAAUAAAGCACACGCCGCCGCUGGAAAAAAUAGGUUGCGUUUGUGAUUUUUAUGUAGCUAAUAAACCAGUCGGUUAACGUUUCCUAUACUUUCUUAUUAAAGUAUUUGUUACUGAGGAGGGAUACCAGAAAAGUUUCCUGGAUAGCUGUCCACAUUGGUCGCAGUCCGUUAGCUGUAGCUAAACUGGAGACGGGAUGUAAAUUAAUCCAGACGGGACCAGCCCCAGGAGCCGGUAGCAGCAGUCAGUCACACCCUUGUCUAGGGACACUGAAGGAACCCUGUUUGCUGAGCAACAUGAACUUGCUGUUCUUCACAUGUUGUGCGCUUUUAUACAAAUACGCGUUAGCCUCAAAGUGCUGAAUUGGAGUUUCAGAGCACCAGUGCAUGUUAACUGGGGAGUGUGGACUGGAUAUGACUGACUCAUCAUCAUGGCACGGACAGAGGAGAUAACCCCGAACCGUCUCUCUGCUGCAGUGCCAACCAGGCAGCCUCACGACUAGCUAGACAGCUAAGUUCUUUCCACAUUCAGUCGUUUAUACUGUAUUCUGACCCCUCGCAGUCAAAGAGGCAUCAUGAAUGCCCCCAUGUACACCUUUGUCUCUCGUGACGACAACAGCACGGUUUAUGCAGAAGUUUCCAAAAUCCUCCUCUCAACCGGACAGUGGAAGAGGCUGAAGAGAGACAACCCCAGAUUCAACUUAAUGCUUGGUGAACGGAACAGACUGCCCUUUGGACGUUUAGGUCAUGAACCAGGGCUGGUGCAGCUGGUCAAUUACUACAGAGGAGCAGAUAAGCUUUGCAGAAAGGCGUCCUUGGUCAAGCUAAUAAAGACCAGCCCAGAGCUGUCCGACUCCUGUAACUGGUUCCCAGAAUCCUACAUCAUCUACCCCACUAACCUCAACACCCCUGUUGCUCCAGCUACAAAUGGCAUUAGCCAUCUUAAGAACAAUCCCAAGACAGAUGAGCGGGAAGUUUUCUUGGCCUCUUAUCACUCUAAAAAAGAGAGUGGGGAGGGAACAGUGUGGAUAGCCAAGUCUUCUGCUGGAGCUAAAGGUGCUGGGAUUUUGAUAUCCCACGAUGCUAAUCAGCUGCUGGAGUACAUUGAUAAUCAGGGACAGGUUCAUGUCAUUCAGAAGUACCUGGAGAAACCUUUACUUCUGGAGCCGGGACAUCGGAAGUUUGACAUCAGGAGCUGGGUGCUAGUGGACCAUCAGUACAACAUCUAUUUAUACCGGGAGGGUGUGCUGCGGACAUCCUCAGAGCCCUACAACAGCUCUGACCUCCAGGACAUGACCAGCCACCUGACCAACCACUGCAUCCAGAAGGAGCACUCCCAGAACUACGGACGAUAUGAGGAGGGGAACGAGAUGUUCUUUGAUGAGUUCAGGCUGUACCUGCUGAACACGCAUGGUGUCACCCUGGAGACCACCAUAUUACCUCAGAUCAAGCAGAUCAUAAAGAGCUGUCUGACAUGUAUUGAGCCGGCAAUCAGCACCAAGCAUCUGUCCUACCAGAGCUUCCAGCUCUUUGGAUUUGAUUUUAUGGUGGACGAGAGCUUCAAAGUGUGGCUCAUUGAGAUCAAUGGAGCUCCGGCCUGUGCACAGAAACUAUAUCCAGAGCUAUGUCAAGGUAUCGUGGAUGUGGCCAUCUCCAGUGUCUUCACCCUGAGUAGCAGCAGUGACUCCUCAUCUGCCUCCUCCUCUCCUUACUCCUCCUCCCCAUCCUCCACGUUCACCACCAAUUCCUGCUCUUCUCCCAAACUGAGAGCCCCUCUUCACGUGGGCCCUUUCACGCGACUGUAAGCUCAAACACAAAUAUUCCCAUCGUCUCCACCAAACUAGAAGCUUUCUCAUGCUCUGUCCUCACUCCUGGACUACCCCAGAGAAGUAGCACAUGCCAGCAAGCCGAGCCUUUAAUUGAACCUUGCCUGUCACGCCUGGACGUAGUCUUUCCUUUUUAUGGAAAUCACUGAACUGCAGAAAUGAUCUCUGCCCUUCUCAUUAUGCAUAUUAUGAACGUGAGGAUGCUGAUGAACUGAUCAGCAGAGUCUGUGGGAGUAUCUGAAUGAGGACAGACGCCCUUCCAUGUCAGUUCCACCACCACCGGUUUCUCCCUAAGCAGAUUAAUGGAGGUCUGAAGGAUGCAGAGAGGCUCCAAGCGAGACUGUAGUGCCUUACAUUUCCAGCCACGCUCCCUUAAAAAGACUGCCAGUUAGCUUGCUCUGUUUAUCGUGACUUGUACUUGUUCUAUAAGCCUUUGCACAGUUGCUCAAUAAAAUCACAGCGGUCAUGAUCCGUCCACAAGAGUUAGCAGAAAACAGAUUCCUUGAUAUUGGAGAUCUUUGUCAAUUUGUUAUUUUCUCAUCAGGCACUUUUCUUAUAUUUUUAUCACUUUUUUAUAGCUUACCUGCAGCCAUCAUUUUCCAUUCUUUGGAAAGAGGAAUGCUAACGGUGAUGAACAAGCUGCAGGGAACAAUAUGAUUAAACUUAUGACUCUUAUAUUAGCUAAUGUAUUAACCCGAUAUGUCUGAUGAGCUAAACGUUCAAGAUGUCAAGUUUCCCUUGAACAACAACAUUCCUCUAACCUGAUCAUGUGGACUCUACAUAUUAUUUACACUAAGGGCAGCAGGGUGGCACAACUGAGCAGGGAGACCAUUCUUUUGCGUAAAUACCCAGGUUUGUAUCUGUCCCAGCAGGCUCUGCCAAAAUGUCCCUGACCUCUGACCUCUCUAUGGCAGCGAGGAAAAAAACUAAACGACUCCCUUUGUGGGUUCAGUGAAGUAUUAGCUGACUUUAUUUUGUUUUCAACAAACUCAUCACAAAAAAAUUGAGCUCAUCUGAAGACACCUUGAUGUUUUGUCAUUUGAAGAGAGCAUGUUUGUGUGAAAGCAUGUAGUAGUGUGCAUCCUCAUAAACAGCACCUUUUGCCCCAGUUUGCAAAGAGCUGCCCUGAUGUCUGUGUUCUACUUCUAAUUUAGGAAAAGACUUUAGACUGUAAUUGUAAAGUGUUGUCAAGUGUGUGGAUUAUGUUUUUGAACCUUUUGAAAUGAAAGUAGAGUAGAUUGUUAAAGUGUGUUCUUGAGUAUUAAAAUCAAGACCCCAUCAAAUGAAACUGUCUUGACACAAUAAACAUUUGCUUAUAAGAGAGCUGAUGGAGACCAAAAACACACAACCCUCCAUCACGCUUCUGGUCUGGUCUGGUAAACAUGCCGAACAUGUUGAGUGUGUCACAGAAAAGUCACAGUGUACAAACACACAUCAAUUCAAAGCUUUCUCUUCAGUCACUGUCUGAUUUGCUUUCUACACUAGGUUUUUAGGUUUUAUUAUUUUUUUGUUUCAUGGGGUCAUUAAAAUAUUUUAUUUCUUAACAUUUAUUUUCACUAAAUCUCUUUGUGAAUAGCUGAGACCUGAGAUGUAACUGUCCGAGAUGACUUGUGUGGGAUCUAUUUUAUGUUACUAUUUGUCAGAAAGGAGUGUUUGGUUCUUCACUAGAUAUGAAACUUUUAGUUAGAUCAAAAUUUGUCACAGCUGCAUGCAUGGUAGUGGAUUUCUGAAAUUCCUCUGUUUGGUUUCCAGGGGCUCAUUUUUAACUCAGAAUAAGUCAUUAACCUCUCCUCAUGUUAGAAUCCCUGCUGUUCCUCUUCCAAUGCUUUGAGUAACAUAAGUUAAGGGACACCAUCAGAGCAUUUAUUUAUGUUUUUAAUCACUGUGUAUUUGUGUUUACAAGAUGACUCUGAAGAAUGAAGGAUAUGUAUGUGGCUGAAGGUCAGAAAGGUGGGGUGUGUACAGGGCACACAGGUUACACUGACAAAGUCCAGCAUUGUUCUUUUGAAGAAACUGGGCUGGUGUAAGAUAAAUCCCAGUAACUAAGAACAUGCAGUGUGAUGAAUCCAUUACAGAGCCCUGCUGUAGCUGAAAUGAUGUUUGACAGUUUGGAAAAAUAUUAAUGUAAGUGGAAAAAGGGUUUUUAUAUCAUGAUUGUGUUGAUAAAUGGGUUGAUAGCUGAUUUUGGAAAUUUCAAAAGCAAACUAUCAGUAUUUUUUAAAUUAAAUUUGUUGGGAAAUGUGUUUCCAUCAAAGGGACGGGUGCCUUAGAGGGAAUUGCAUAUUGAUUAAAAAAAAAAAAAAAAAAGCAAUGGACCUCCAGCAUUUAAAUGCACCUUCAUUUGUUUGUUUGUACUGAAGUGAAUUUGCUUCAUUCAUUUUUAGACCUCUUUUGAAUUCAAUGAUGUCAUUUCCUUUUAUUCAGAGUUUCUUUGCAUAUUUGACUCUUUCUUGUUUUUCUCAUGUUUCGUGUUUUUCUGGGAUUUCCUCAUCUUUACCAAAGAUCAAAUUCCUGCUGUAAAAUGUUUUGUAGUUACAAUAAUCUGGACAUUAUCACAUCAACUGGCCAACAGGAUCUAAAAGCAAGUGUCGUGUGUGCUGUGCUUUUGUUUGGUGAUGUUUUAUCCAAAAUUGUGCAUGAACAUUAUGAACAUAAUUAUCAAGCGUCUGUCAUUUAUAUCUCUGAACUGUGCACUCUGAACUGAUCUCC